UAUCGAUACGUAUCGAAUUUUUCUUCUUGAAAAUCUUGAAUAUUAACGAGUACCCUCACCCUUAUCUUUAUUCUAUGCCCUCACCGGCUCACCCUUAGACAUAAUAUUAUAUAUAAUUAUGUUAUUUCUAUGCCCUCACCAGCUGCUCACAACACCAGUAGAUAGCGUGGCAAACUGGUCAUUUUAGUCACGUGACUUUUCAAUAACAUUCCGGCUCGGCCUAUUGUGGUGUACCAGUUUAACCCCGUUUUAUCAACUCAAAAAUCAAAAUCAAUAAAGUUGCGUCCACGGACCACGAAACAACGGAAUAGAUAACACUCCGCCGAGUCCGUCCUACAACCUACCCCUACCGUAGAAUAGAUUACAUUUAACCUAUUCUGUACUGUAUUUUUGUGGUCCUACCACUUUCACACGUCUCACUGGGCACGUCAAGCGCAAAGGCGAAAGACGCGUUAUCUUAAUUUUAUGGUGAGAAAUAUUAUCAAAAUAAUUAUUGACGAUGUGUUGAUUGCAUAGACCUAUAAACCAAUGUUAAUAGGUCUAUGGUUGAUUGAAAUGAUGAAAUGUGUUCUGAUGUGAGCUCUUGGUAAAUUAUCAUAGAUACAAAUUCGAAAUCUGAAUAUCUCCUCAACCAGGUUAUGGAAGUAAAAUGUCAAUGAUACAACCUUCAAACACCAUGAGUGAUAAUGAUCGAUUAGUACCUUGUUGCAGCACCUCUAAUCCUAUACCAAGCUCUAGCAUAACAGAUUCAAAUCCAAGUUGUAGUAAAACAACUCAAAUUUCAAACUGCAGCACUAGUAGUUUAAAUGACGGUUGUAGUAAUCCGGGCCCAUCUAAUGAAGAUGAAGAACUAGCUCUACCGCGUGCAUCAAUCAAUAAAAUGAUUAAAGAUGCCUUACCAAAUAUUCGGGUUGCUAAUGAUGUGAGAGAAAUGAUAAUGAACUGUUGCACAGAAUUUAUACACUUAGUAGCAUCAGAAGCUAAUCAAGUGUGCAUGGCUCAGCAGAAAAAAACUAUAAAUGCUGAACAUUUAUUGACUGCUCUAGACCAUUUGGGAUUUGGUGACUACCGAGCACAAGCAGAAGAAGUUGGUAAAGACUGUCAGUCUAAAAGAAGAAGACAAAGUACAAGACUUGAAAAUUUAGGCAUACCAGAGGAAGAAUUGUUACGACAGCAACAAGAAUUGUUUGCAAAGGCCAGAGAAGAGCAAAUGGCUCAAGAACAACAACAAUGGCAGGAACUACAAGCUGCAGCUCAGCGAGCUGCUAUUAAACCUAAGACUGAAGAAAGCAGUGAUGAAGACGAUUACUCCUAAUUUAUAAUUCAAUAGAAUUAUAG